UCGUAUCACCACCAUAUAAGGACAGUGGAACGGCAUCUCAUGGUUCCCAGCUUCCAUCAUGAUACCAUUACUUUCCCUCUCCCGAUUUACUAACACUCACAUCCCAUCUCGACCUCACGAUGGCCAAUGAACCUUCAAUGGUGUCCGGCGCAACCACCUUGAGCAACUCUGGCGUGUCGGUGGAUGACACCCCGGCGGGCCAGGCCAGCCCUUCUCACAUUUAUAACAUCUCCAACACCAGCUUCCACCACCAUUACAAUGUGACCACCGCAGAAGACGACACAACGCUCUACCGAGUGGAGAACUCCUCCCUGUGGCCCAAGAAGCCCGAUCUCGCGGUCCAUGCCGGUGCAGACAAGACCGCCCCGACGGUGGCAGUGUGCAAGUUCCUGCACUUUUCGCGAGAUAUCAGAGUCGGCCUGGGGGACCCGGACGACGUCAAUCGGAUCAACUACGAGGAUUUGGUUGCGCAAGAUCACACCCAUGCCAAGUAUCGCUGGCAUAUGCCGGAGCCGUCUGGCCAUGGCCGGCAGAGGCGGUCUUUCCUGUGGACGAGGACCCACUCGGUGGGCGUCGAGAAGAGCAAGGUCCACAAGCUCAGUAACCGCAACUUCAAGUUGACAGACGAGCAGACCGGCAGGAUUGUCGCUUUGUUCACCAGCGCAAUCUUGAAGUUCAAACAGACGGGUAAGCUGCAGGUCUACGUGGACUAUGGACAGCAAUUUGAUUUGAUGGCUCUUAUCACGCUGCUCGCGUUGUAUGAGAAGGCUCGCCGACGCAGACAAGCGGCGUCGAGCAGCGGGGGCGGGGGCGGGGGCGGGGGCGGGGGCGUCGCGCCACGGCUGCUUGCAUGUGAUGAACUGCGGCCGUCGUGCUCGAAUUGCUCCAAGCGCCUAUCGAAAUGCGAGUACGACUCCAGCACGUCGCUGCUGUGGACAAACGAAGAGCCCCAAUCGCGCACACGCUCCACGCGGUCCGCCUCAGAGCCCGCGCAGUCGGAUCCCUCGCUGGCCGCGACUUCCAACUCCCUCGGCAUUCUGGGCCGAUGGGGCGGCGACUACGGGGCUCCUCAAGCGGUCCCGAGUCUGAACUUCACGGACUUGGAGUUGAUGAUGCACUGGUGCAACGCAACGUACAAGACCGUGUCCCGAGCCGACAAGACGGACCAUAUCUGGCGAGAUCGCGUUCCCGAGGAAGCCCUCGCGCACCCCUUUCUCAUGCACGGUCUACUGGCUCUUUCUGCCCUCCAUCUGGCACAAACCAGACCCGACAACCGGCGUUCAGCAUAUAUUAACACCGCGGUGGCGCAUCAAAAUCGGGCACUGGCCUUGUUUCGCGAGAUGCUCUGCGAUAUCAACCCGUCCAAUGCGAAGGCCAUGUUUUCCUUCGCCAGCAUCGUCGUCCUCUAUACUUUCGGCUUUCCUCAUUUGCCCGAGUCCGAUGAUCCGUGGGCAUGUGUCGAUGAUAUGAUCCAGGUUCACAUGCUGGCACGUGGUGUCCAGCAGGUUCUCAGCCAAGCCAUUCCGGGCAUCCGCAGCGGUGACUGGGGAGUGGUGCUUGAGAUGGACGAUGGCGAUGAAGGCCCACCAGAAGAUGUGCGCUUGGCUUUACAACGAUUGCACGAGGCGAACAGCGUCUGUGGCACCAAAGACCCGGCCCAUGAUACAGCGGUCUACGAGUACGCGAUUGAGACCUUGGCAGAUAUGAUGGCUACAGCGCGCGUGGGGUUGGCCUCGGUCUCUGCUGCCUUUCGGUGGGCUAUCAGGCAAAAGCCCGAAUUUAUGGACCUCCUUCGGGAACGCCAACCGUUGGCUCUGGUCAUCUUGGCCCACCACUCGGCAUUUUUCCAUCGAUUGAGAGAUGUUUGGUAUAUUGGCACGUGGGGGAUCAGAGUGACCAGGGCAGUAUGGCAGGGUCUGGAUGAGCAAUGGAGGCCACUUCUCGACAAACCUAUGCUGGAAAUCUUCGGGAACACUCAUCCGGUAGAUGUCUGA